GUAAUUUGCAAUUAACCACACGCAAAAGUGAACAUCAAAGGAUUAGGUGAAUAUAUAUAACUUCCUUGAGACGUAACAGAAAAGCAAGUGAUAUAAAGGAGAAAAAUUCCCCUAAAGAAAAACUAACCCAAUCCCACAUCUACUAGGGAAAACAGGGGUAGGUAGAUAUGUUACCAAAUGGGGAGGAUGAUUCGGAUCUUAUGCGUCUGGUGAAGGAGCUUCAAGCUUCUCUAAUGAAGAACGAUAAGCUGGAGAAAGAAAAUCACGAGCUGCGUCAAGAAGUGGCUCGCCUACGAGCACAAGUAAGCAAUCUUAAAGCACAUGACAAUGAGAGGAAAUCAAUGUUAUGGAAGAAGUUGCAGAGCUCAUAUGAUGGUGGCAACACAGACGCAUCUAAUCUGAAAGCGCCAGAGAGUGCCAAACCCAACAUAAAGGGACAUGAGGUAAAGAAUCCAAACCUGAAGCCAAUGGUCAAAGAACAAUCUACAGCAAUAAAGCCGCCUCCGCCUCCACCACUUCCAUCAAAAACAACACUUGGAAAAAGGUCCGUGCGUCGUGCUCCAGAAGUUGUAGAGUUGUAUCGUGCCCUCACGAAGAGAGAGUCUCAUAUGGGUAACAAGAUCAAUCAGAACGGAGUUUUGUCUCCUGCGUACAACGCAAACAUGAUUGGUGAGAUUGAGAACCGCUCCAAAUAUCUUUCAGAUAUCAAAUCAGACACUGACAGACACAGAGAACAUAUCCAUUUCCUAAUCAGUAAGGUGGAUGCUGCAACAUUUACAGACAUAUCAGAAGUGGAGACGUUUGUGAAAUGGAUAGACGACGAACUAUCUUGAGAAUUGUUUGUGUGAAUCUAAGGAAAUCGAAGCUGUAUCGGUUCGAUAAGGAGGCGAAUCAGUGGAAGGAGAGAGGUGCUGGUACUGUGAAGCUCUUGAAGCAUAAGAGCGCUG